GAGAUGCCUGCCUGAACGAGUAAAAUCAGCGGGCCACGUUUUUGUGAAGGAUGUGUUUCUAGUUUGUGGUCGCCGCCAGGAGCAAGGUAACGUUAACAAACCAAUGAUUGACUUUAUUGACCGAUAAGGUAUCGGGAGCCAUCGUAGGAGAGAAACUGUUUCUGCGGAAACUUCAGCCGAGUCAGCUCGUAUUUGUGACCCGCCAAAAGCAACGGCGAGGCGCAGCGAGGAAGUGACCAUUUUGUACGUUGGUUGUUUUCGGUAACGUUAUAUUUAAAAUGAGUGGCGGAUUCAGCUUUGGACAAGCCUCCACGGGCUUCGCUUUCGGGGCGCAGAAGACCACGGCCGCCGUCUCGGGAACGGGUUUUGGAAUGACAGGCUCCACGCCGGCUGCUUCUGGAGGGGGCUUCACCUUCGGUACUGCCACACAGGCCACCUCCAACCCCACCGGGUCCUUCAGCUUUGGCACCCCAGCAAAGAGCACACCAGCCGGCGGGGGCUUCUCCUUUGGGAGCCCCGCCGCCACCACAUUUGGCCUGGGUACGGCUCCUCAAACCACUGCGACGGGGCUGGUUUCAGGCUCCACCGUAGCUCCAGCUGCGGGGUCAGGGUUCACCCUAGGCACGAGUUUGUCUGCACAGACCACCGCUGCCGCCCCUGCAGGAGGAGGCUUCGCCUUUGGCACUGCGGCCCAAGUUCAGCCCCAACCCGCAGCAGCAGUAGCACCAGCAACGACAGCCGCAGCACCAGCAACGACGGCGCCCGGUGGCCUCUCGUUCGGAGGGUUCAGCUUUGGAGCAACCAAGGUCCAGGUGACCACAGCUGCGGCCACUACUGCUGCCCCAGGAGGGGGCUUCAGCUUCGGCACCAGUGCUCCCUCCAACCUCACCUUGGGCAGCCAGCCCCAAUCCCAGCCCCAAUCCCAGCCCCAAUCCCAGCCCCAGCCCCAGCCCCAGCCCCAGCCCCAGCUCCACCUCCAGCUUCAGGCAACCUCCACUGCUGCACCCACAGCAAGUCAGGGUGGAGGAUUUGCCUUUGGGAUUAAACCCUCAUCAACCCCAGCUCCUCCUGCAACGACUCAGGCAGCCCCAUCUUCAGGCCCGUCUCUCUUUGCUGCACCCAUCCCUACAGCUGUUGCUCCCGCUGCUGCCACCGCAACAGGUUCAGGCUUUACUUUGGGUGCAGCUUCAGCAACAAGCAGCGCCCCUGCAACGACCACAGCAGCUGGUGGAGGUCUAGCUUUUAUGCUGAAACCGCUGGGAGCAGCUACCACCACCUCCACCCCUGCCCCUGCAGUCACAACUGCAGCUACCGCAACAGGUGCCGCUACGGCCUUUACACUGGGGCUCAAACCUGCAUCCACCGCAAGUGCGACAGCGACUGCUACAGCCACAGCCAUCACUACAGCCACGGCUCCCCCAGUGAUGACCUACGCCCAGCUGGAGGGUCUCAUUAACAAGUGGAGCCUUGAGCUUGAGGACCAAGAGAGACAUUUCUUACAGCAAGCAACUCAGGUGAACGCCUGGGACCGCAUGCUGGUGGAGAACGGCGAGAAGAUCACAGCCCUGCAUAAGGAGAUGGAGAAGGUGAAGCUGGACCAGAGGAGGCUAAACCAGGAGCUUGAUUUCAUCCUGUCCCAACAGAAGGAGCUGGAGGACUUGCUCUGCCCGCUUGAGGAGUCAGUGAAGGAGCAAAGCGGAACCAUCUACAUGCAGAACGCUGACGAGGAACGUGAAAGAACGUACAAGCUCGCCGAGAAUGUGGAUGCACAGCUGAAGAGGAUGUCGCAGGACCUGAAGGAGAUCAUCGAGCACCUGAACACAUCCAGUGGUCCAGCAGAUACCAGUGACCCACUUCAGCAGAUCUGUAAAAUUCUCAACACCCACAUGGAUUCACUUCAGUGGAUUGAUCAGAACUCGGUUCUUCUGCAGAGAAGAGUGGAGGAAGUGUCCAAAUUGUGUGACAACCAGCGCAAGGAGCAGGAGAAAACCUUUCGCUUAACAUUUGACUGAUCUGGAAUAAAUAUGUUGACACUUAUAUCGACGUAAUCAAUGCUAACCUUGGAUUUUGUUUAUUGCGACAUGAGUCAUAACGAGGGAUGCUUUUUUUAAGGGCCGAGAUUAUUCGGAUGCAAAAACCAAAGCAUUGAUCACAACUCCAUGUAGGGUUCCAUAAAGAGUGAUAUUUUCAAUGCAAUAGCUUUUAUAUAGAGUAGUGAAAAUGAUAAGCUGUUCCCAUGUAAAUGCUAUGCUUGUUCUAAAUAGUAUGAUUAAAUAAAUGUCUUGAGUAA